CUUUCCAUUACUUUAAAUGCGUUUUUAAUAAUAUAAUUUUGUCCCAAAGAGACAGGACGUUGGCAAUUAAUGUGGAAACUCGAAAAACAAAGGAAAGAAUUUAAUUUGAUAUUUGUCAAACUGUAAACAGCUAAGCAAAUAUUUUUAUAAAUAAAUGUUUCGAAAUACUUAUCAGGGCGGAUUUUUAUCCAUUUUGUAUAGUUGCGGGUCGUCCCCUCUGGAGUUAUGGGACAUGCACGUAAAAAACGGAUAUAUACGCAGAAUUACAGAUGAAGAGAUAAAGUCAUUGGCAUUGGAAAUAGCCGGGACCAAUGUGGCUACAACUUAUAUUUACUGUCCAGCGUUUCCAAAGAAGGAGCUGGGUAUAAAGCUACCCUUUCUUAUCAUCAUUAUCAAGAAUAUGAAGAAGUAUUUCACGUUCGAGAUAACAAUAUUGGACGACAAGAAUAUGCAUAGAAGAUUCCGUGUGAGCAAUUUUCAGAGUACGACACGCAUUCGCCCGUUUUCCACAUCCAUGCCCAUCGGACUUUCAGGUGGAUGGAAUCAGAUUCAAUUCAAUUUGUCUGAUUUUACACGACGAGCCUAUGGUACAAAUUACAUUGAAACCACUAGAAUGCAAAUUCAUGCCAACUGCAGAAUCAGACGAGUUUAUUUCGCCGAUAGGCUUUAUUCAGAGGACGAACUGCCAGAAGAGUUUAAGCUCUUCUUGCCGAUGCAUCGAAAGAAAUGCGUUAGAGAGGAAGACGUGCUGAAAAAACCUACUCUAAUACUUGAGAAAGUGCCGUCCGUCGAACCAAUUAUCGAGCCGAAAGUGGAGGAGAUACUUGAGCUGCCAGUUACGAAGGAACCUGAUUUAAUCGAGAAAGCGAUACCAGAUGUGCGUGCGGAAGAAGUAGAAGAAAUAAUUAUAAAGAAAGAUGAAGAAGAAAAAGAAGAAGGAGCAGAAGAAGCAGGAGAAGAAGCAGAAGAAGCAGAAGAAGAAGCAGAAGAAGAAGCAGAAGAAGCAGAAGAAGAAGCAGAAGUAGUAGAAGAAACAGAAGAAGCAGAAGAGGAAGUAGAAAAGGAAGAAGAGGAAAUUAAAGUUGAAGAAACUGUGGUUGCCGAAGAGGAAGAAGUCGAACCUGUGGCUGCUACUCGUGAAUAUGAGGUCGAAGAAGAAGAAAAAGAAGAUAUAUUGGAAGAUGAGGAUGAAGAAGAUGAAAAUGAAGAAAAUGAACGUGAAGCUGAGGAAUAA